UAAUUCAUAAUGCUCCACAAGCGUCAAAAUGGCGGAUAUGAAAAAAAUUUAAAAUUCAAAUUUUGAGAACUAUAAUGAGGAUUUCUCAUAAAAUAGUCAAGAUUUUGACAUUAUUUAUAUUUAGAAAUUUUUAAAUUCAAAUGUAGGGUGUAAGAAGGCUUCAAGAUGAUGAUCAAUGACCAGGUGAUACUUGAAGAGGACUAUGAUGAACAUUAUGAACCAGAUGAUGGGGAGGUGCAGGAGUAUGCCAGUGUCAUUGGGCUGGACCCACAGAAAGAUGCAGAUCUUAUGUGGAUUGCAAAAGAAGGAAUCAAUGCUCCUUUGCCUGAUAACUGGAAACCAUGCCAAGACCCCAAUGGGGAUAUAUACUACUUCAACUUUGCAUCAGGAGAAAGUAUAUGGGAUCACCCCUGUGAUGAGUUCUACAGGAACAUGGUCAUUGAAGAAAGGCAGAAAUUGAAGGCUGGAGGAGGUCCAAAGAAGAAAGAGAAGAAAGAUUUUAAGAAAAAGGGGAAAGAGAAAGGGAAGACUGGCAAGGGUGGCUUAGGACCAUUGAGCAGUCCCGGUAACACCUUGAAAUCAACAGGAGGCUCACUUGGGGGCUCAUUGGGAGGCUCUCUUGGUGGAUCACUUGGAGGAUCUCUUGCCCCAAUCAAGUCUGGAGCAGAGAAGAAGCGUAACCUAGGAGGCACGAGUGGAUCUCUGAAGUCAGGGGGCGCUGGAAGUCUUGGAGGCAAGAGGGAGGAAAAUAUACAGAUGGAUUUUAACCUUUCUAGCGAGUCAGAUGAAGGGCCCGCCAAGUACAAGUUAGAUAACAUACAUGACAUAGGGGACCUUGGAUAUGAGGAUUCAGACCAAAGUGAUGGCCAACACAAGGAGCUACAAUUCAAUGUGUCUGACAGUGAGAGUGAAGAUUACGGGAGAGAUGUAGACUUUGGAAUUGACAAGGGACUCUCAGAGCGAAUCUUGGAUAUUGAUAGUUUGGGCCCUGUAGGCGCUUCUAUGGAUAGGGACUUUGACCCAGGUGGAUCUACAUCUUCCUACAAGUCAACAGCAAGAGACGAGGAACCUAAGAAAGAAUUCACAGGCAAGUCAUUCUUGAAGAGCUCAAGAAAGAAGGAAGAAGAAGAACAAAAGAAAAAAGAGGAAGAAAUGCUGAGGAAAAGAGACGAGGAGAGGAGACAAUUAGAUGAAGAACGAAAGAAAAUGAUGGAGGAACGAAAGCAAAAAGAAGCAGCUAAACAGAAAGAACAAGAAUUGAAAGAACAAGAAGAAAAACAGGCCAAAGAUAUGAAGGCUGCUGCUGAAAGACUAGCAGAUGAGGAAGAAAGACGCAGGAAAGCAGAGACUGCGGCCAUGGCUGCAGAUAGACGAGCCAAUGAGGAUCAGAGAAUGAAAGAGGAGGAAGACAGAUUGAAAGAGAGCAAUGCUAAGUCUAUUGUUGAGAUGAAGGCGCGUCUAGAGACAGAACUUGAAGAUGCCAAGCUGGAACUACUUGAGGAAAAAGAAGAGAGACUCAAGAAGUUGAAGGCAGAUAUAGCAAAGGAUGAGGAAGAUGAGGAGAAAAAGCUGAGACAAGAAAAGGACACAAAUCUUAGAGAUUUGAGGCUUCAGGUCAAAGAGGACAUUGCAGAUGAAGAGGCCAUGUUAAAGGAGGGUAAAACUGAUGCCAUUCUGAAACUACGAGAUGAGAUACGAAAGGAGAAGGAGGCUGAAGAGAAAAAACUACGAAAGGAGAUGGAAGAAACCUUGGAUGAGAUCAAAAAGGAGCUUGAAUCUUUGGAAGAAGAAGAACAGGAAACUUUAGAUAGAGAGAAAAGGAAAAUGAAAGAGAAUAUUGAAAAAGAGAUUAAACAAGCUUCAGAGAAGGAACGAAAAAGAUAUGAAGAAGAAAAGGAAGAGCAAUUAGAAAAAAUGAAGAAGAAAUUUGAGGAAGAUGUUGAAGAGCAGGAAGAAAAGUUGAAUAAAAAGCAUACUCAGAAUUUGGAAAAGUGCAAGCAGAAUAUUCAGGAACAGCACGAGAAGGCCAUGAACCAGCUAGAGACAGAGUUAAAGGCAGCCCAAGAGACUGAGCGAGAAAGAAAAGAAAAUGACAUUAAGGCAAUAAGAGACCGCCAGAACAUUGUUGAUAAUCUAGAAAAGGGGCUUCAGGAAACACUUGAUGAAAGAAAAGCAGAACUGAAAGCUGAGCAUCAGAAAGCUCUAGAUUCCUUGAGGGAAGAGAAUCAGAAAAACAUCCGUAAAAUGAAAGAUGAAUACAAAGAGAAGGAAAGAAAGGAAAAGUUGUCUUUGGGAGAUCAACAUUCAGCAGCUAUGAAACAAUUGACUGAGGAACACCAGGAGACCAUAGAGGAACUCCAAGAGAAGCAAAAGGAACAGAGGGAGAAACUCCAGCAGGAGAUUGCAGGAGAGGAGCAUAAGCUGAAAUCUAAACAAGACUUACUAGAAGCUAACAAAAAGAAACUCAAGAUGAACCAAGAAGAACUUGCUCAGGAAGAAAAAGAAUUACGUGAAAGAAGGUUGAGAUUUGAAGAAGAAAAGGAACAAUUACAAAAUGACCAGGAGGAGGCGUAUGCAAAUAAGGCAGCGAACCUUGGGAGACAGGAGCAGGAACAACUAAAGGAGAUGAGGAGCAAAGUGAAGGCAGAGAAGCAAGGAUUAGAGGUGUUGAAACACCAGAGAGUCGACUUAGAAUCAGAACUGGACUCAAUGAAGAGAGACAUGGACACCUACCAAAGACAAAUCAGUGAAAUGAAGGACACAAUAAAACAACUAAAACAGAAUGAAGAAACAUUGAAAGCUCAACAAUCAAAACCAAACAGGGAUGACACUCUAACAAAUCACCAAGUGCCCUUGAAUCACAAUUUGGAGACCCCUGAUAAGUUAAAUGUUGAUGAUUUGACCAAUCAGAUGUCGGGUGAAGAUUUGGAUCUUACACCUGUGAUUGAAAAUAAAACAAAGUCUAGAUCUAAAAAACAUCAACAUAGAACAGAAAACACAAAACAAAAAUCAGAAAAACAUAGAACUCGAACUGAGACAAGUGAUAAAAGGAUGGAUACGGACAGUGAGUUUGAGGAUGAUGUAAAUGACAAAGAAAAUAGAAGGCAUAAUGGUAGAAGAACAAAGAAGGAUAUAAAAUGGGUUAAAGGGGCUUCAAAUGGUGUUUCUUACUCAACUAAUUCCUCAGAAGAUUCUGAUUCAGGCGAUUACCCCCAAGUACAUCACCAUAGAGUGCUUGACCACAAAUCAACAUCUAGCACUCCCAGGAGAAAGUCUAACCACUUUAAGUAUGAUGAUAUGGAUGAGUCAAGUCUUACAGCAGAGAUAUUAGAUGUGAAGAGGUCACGAAGAAGGCCAGACAGAAGAGACAUUGAUCGACACAUAGCCAUGGAGCAUGAUGCCAUAGUUAAUGCCAAGACAUUCUUACGCAGACGUCAGAGGGAGUACAGGCAGAAGAGGGCACAGCUUGAGGCCAGAAAUCAACAAUAUAAAAGUGAUAGCCUUAGUCAUAACCUAUCUCCCCAGUCAACCCAAAUCCUUGGCAAUGUGCGUCACCAACUGGACAGAGAGAAACAAGAGCUGGGACACAUGAAAGCAAAUGUAUCCUCAGGAACCAGACUGCUCAGGGAGAAAGAACUUAAGUUGAAAGAACUUGAAGCCAGCGUAAUUGAUGUUUCGAGUGAUUCCGAGUCCACGCUUGGCCUCAUGGACUUCCGUAAGUCCUACAAGCCUAACCCCCUCCCUACUCUUGACCUCAGUGAUUCUGACGGCAGCAGUGGCAUAAGCAGCACAGAUCUCAACAUUGAUGACAUCUUGAAAGGUUUAAACAAAACUCCAGGGGUGAAUAAAUCAACUAUGAAGAGCAGCAAACUUCCAAAAAGUGCCUUUACCACAGAGCUUGGAGAGAUCAAUAGAAACCUUCAGCAGGUUCUGGAGCGUCUCGACACUCGAUCUACUGCAGCACCCCCUAUAUUCCCGCAUAGUACCCCUGUGGCAGCUCCUCCACCCCCCUCAAAUGGAUACUUCUACCCCCAAGCUGGACACUCAGGUCUUCCCCCUGGCCCCCUGCCUGUCUAUGCAUCAUCCAUGGCCUCUGGGGUAGUGCCGGAACCAAGGGUACCUUAUGUAGCCUGGGGACCUUCUAACCCGUACAUAUCUGAACCUCAAACUAGAAUUGACUUCAGCCGUCCAUCAUUUGAGACAGCAGAGCAGGCCUUGGAGAGAAAGUGGAGAAAAUACAACUUAGAUCGGAGAACUCAACUGCCAUCUAGUGGACCUAGUUUCCCAUCAUCAACUCUUUCCUUUGGUCAUAUCUCUGCAAGGGAGCAAAUCAGGUCUAACUUACAGUCCUCAAGUGUGCCACCACCCACAUCUAUCACCACGAGUGCUCAAGACCAGCUCUCCGACACCAAGGCAUGGCUCAGGAGGUUUGAACAAAGAGAUCUGGGGCAUGGGGGCCCAGUGAGCCAGAGACAAUCAAGUACUGGAUCAGGGACACCGUCUGUGCCUCGCCCAAGGCUAGUGCUUGAUGAGAACAACGAAGUUCAAAUGCAAUACACUUAAUAGCAGUGUUAAAAGGAUAUGGACAUGUGAACAAUGGUGUGAUAUGAACAUCUGAACAAUGGUGUGAUGUGAAUGUAUCAGAUCUAUGGUCAAAACUGAGUGAUAGACCAGUCAUGGUAUUCAAUUUAUUUAUUAAACCUUCGCCUAUUGAUUGGGUAUUUAGGCAGAACAUAUAUUACAUUAAUAUAUAAUGAUGAAAUCAGAUCACUCUCUUGAGAUGUUCAGUAAUUGAAUGAAGCAGAGCUUAUGUCGCACUGCAUAAUUCAAGAACAAAUGUGAUAAGAUACAAUGCCUUGUUUUAAUAUAAGUCUCUCUACAUCUCAAGGAGAUAUGUAGUGCAGAGUGAAAUAUUUGGAGCUAUUUAUAUCAUACAGUAUUACCAUGUCAUAAUUUUUGACUUUUAGUAGAGAAUUAAAAAAGUGACUUAUUUGCAUUUUGGAAAUUUCUCAGUUAUUUGGUGUGAUGUCAAAUAUAUUGUUGGAAUUUAUCAAUGUUCUUGUCUGAUUUUGAAACACAUUUGGUUUAUGAUUUUUUUGUAUCAUGUUGGAGUGGAAUUUAGUUUUAAUUGUACAAUUGUGUAUUUGAUUUGUGUGUAUCCUAUUUAAGUAUUUAUCCAUCUUGCCACAUGUCUGUUUGUCCAAGCAAAAACUGAAAUACAGGUGAACUGUUUAUUUCAUAUUUGGUGGGGUAUGGCUGAAUAAUGGUAGAUGAUUUAACUGAUUUUUUAUGGCAAGUUGAUUUGAGUUAUAAUAGAUACAUAAUGUAUUUAGCCAUUAGUCUCCCCAUCAAAAGGUAUACUGACAGUAUCAAUAGUGACCACAAAUUCCUUCAAGUUCAGUCAGUUGGAGAUCCUAGAUGGGGACUUAUUACUGUCAGUGAAUCAUGGCCUCUUCUUGUCGGUGACAGGUCAUCUCAACCCCAAGUCAACU